GCAAGACGUCAUUUCAUUCGUAUUCGUGUGUGUGGAUGUGAUGUGAUUGUUUCUCUUCUCUUUGCCUGUGUAGUGUAGAAGCAAAUUGGGCGUUGUUGGCUUUAGUGGUAUACCUCAAUGAAAAAUACAAAUCGUAAAAAUGUAUUGUUUGGAAAGGUGUAAUUUACAUUUACGUGCUCACAACCACAACCAGUAGCAUACGCAGUUGUGUUUUAAACCUCACAAUGAAUUAAGUGUUACUUUUACGUAGUAUCCUUUUCCAUCAUACGUUUAAUUGAUUUUAUGCAAGACUAUUCAAAACAUAUAAGUUAUGCCGGAGCAAAGUAACGAUUAUCGCGUUGUAGUUUUCGGUGCAGGUGGUGUAGGUAAAAGUUCUUUGGUACUACGUUUUGUAAAAGGCACGUUUAGAGAGUCAUACAUACCGACUAUCGAGGACACAUAUAGACAAGUGAUAAGUAGUAAUAAGACAAUAUGCACGUUGCAAAUAACGGAUACGACGGGGUCGCACCAGUUUCCAGCGAUGCAGAGGCUAUCUAUCAGCAAGGGUCACGCGUUCAUAUUAGUCUACUCCGUGAGCAGUAGACAGUCUCUUGAGGAGCUUAAGCCAAUAUGGCAGACGAUAAAAGAGAUAAAGGGGGCCGAUCUGCCGAGUAUCCCGGUGAUGCUGGCAGCAAACAAGUGUGAUGAAAGCCCAGAAAUCAGGGAAGUGUCUGCGAGCGAGGGGCAGGCUCAGGCACAGAUGUGGGGCGUCUCCUUUAUGGAAACAUCUGCUAAAACGAAUCAUAACGUCACACAGCUUUUCCAGGAAUUGCUGAACAUGGAAAAAAAUAGAAACGUAUCCCUUCAAGUAGAUGGCAAGGGCAAGAAAAAGAAAGACAAAAUAGUGAAAGAUGGUGGCGAAGCUUCGGCGAGCGGGCGAGAAAAGUGCCGCGUCAUGUAGAGUAACAGCGGGUACCCUUCGGUUUAAUAAGUAGGCCCAUUAUCUUAUACCUAAUUAUUUAUUCAGUCACAUUAAAUCUAGUCAUUAUUAAUUCAUAUCUCGAUGAUUUCGCACGACAUAGCAUAAUUAUUAUAACGCAUAUAAUAUAAGAUUAUAAGUACUAUAAUUAUGCCUUUAAAAAUAAUUAUUAAUAAUCAAAUAUUGUGAUGAAACUCGACAGUCAUCAGAACGCAUGUUUUGCUAAUAAUUAAAUAAUAUUUACACUAGUUGACUUGUUUAAUAAUGAUUGAUGACGUGAAUCAUUAAUAAAGAGAUGAGUGGAAAUCUUGUACCGAUAGUGUGAAAAUACAACGAAAUGAAGUAUAUAGUAUGACCUGCUGUUAAUUUAUUUCGUAUCCAGAAUGUUGCAAGUCAUGUAGGUCAUAAUUUUGCCGAUGCAACAUUUUUGUGUGACUUGUGAUGUUUCGCAUUGUUUUCAUUUUCUGUUUAUACUCUCUCGCUUUUCAUAGAUCUCUAAAUUCUUUUAUUACACCUCGGCGGUAUUUUUUAUAACAUCUCUCUUGUACAGUCGGCAAUCUAGUCGCUUAGCACAUUUGCACACAUAAGACUAUGUAGGGCGUUGGUGAGAGGAGAGUCACUUUUCUUCGCAGCCUCUGUUUCAGUGAUCUCAUGAUGUUCAUCUUAUACUCGUACAUUAUACAUAUAAUGUAUUAUAUCGCUCAUUAGAGAUCAUGUUCUGAUUACCUAUUAAUUAAAUUCUGGUGAUCUAUUAAGGCCAACGUAAUACAUGGGUUAAUGAAAGAACCGCCUAACUAUAGCAUUUGAGUCUAUUUACAUUCCUACCUACUAGACCAAAAAGGGAGUAGUUCCUAAUGAAGUAGAAAAAAAGCAUUUCGGAAUAUUUCCUGUGCCAAAUUUUAGCCCAAUCAUAGAAAAAAUUAGCAUUUGUACUUGGCAGACAUUUACGAAUAAUGAAGAUACGUAUUCUUUAUUUUAAAAAUCCAAGGUUUUUAUUUACAUUUAUUUAUAAUUACUACAAAAUUACAUCAGGAUCUGAUGUCGAUACUACAAAGCUAUGGAAGAACAUCUUUCACUACUAAAUAUUUUUUAUAUAAUACUAUUUAUAUUUACCAUACAUAUUCUGGUAAAUAAUCACUUCUCAACUUCUUAAAUGAUGUACCUAUCCUACCCACCAAACCUAACUUUAGUUAUAACAGUAAAG